AUGUCCACCAGUAACUCGAGUUGGAUAUGGAGCGAGCCAUACCAGGAUUACUACUUUGUCACGUACGACAAUUAUAGGCGCCCUGUGUACCACUGGUACAAACAGACACAGACGAUGGGCACACAACUGUCAGCUCCCGCUCCAGAUAUGCGUCCCAGGAACGACUCGUUCUACCAGCAAGAUUAUAGUUCAAAUGUAGCACAGAUGCCCGAACCUGCGCCACAAGAUGCCCGUGCAAUGCAAGGCUUCAUCUCAGGCACGCCACAUACCGGAUGGUGCGAUCUUCUGGACUCAACUUAUCAAAUGCGGACGGGAUCCGAGGCUCAGUCAUUCUUCAUAGUGGGCAAAGUUUUUGCAAUGCUUUACUCUGAGACUGCAAGCGAAACCUCUGCACAACGACCAAAUGAUGACGCAUACACUGUAGUUCGAUUUAACGAAAGAGCGCACACCAACAUCCGCCGUUUCGUCGUGGUCGAAGUCAGGCGGGGUUUCGUGUAUGCCUGCGGUAUUGGUACUUACUCUGGUCGUGGAGCUCUAAAGGAAGGUUGCAUCCCAUCAGAACAUGCGAUUGUCUACCUUUCCGGAACUGAUCCAGCGUCCUGUUACCUCCCUGGCGAGUACGAAAGUGGGAUGAUUAAGGAGCCUAUAGAGAUCGAACCGCUUGACUCUUCAAUCCGGAUACGACGGGAGUCACGCAUACGAUUCGGCAAAACGUAUCCGAUUGAGAAGAAUGUCAAAGUCAAAGACAUUGGCCGGGUCCACCCAAGCCACAAGAGCAAACUUCUACAGUACUGGACUGAUGAAGACGAAGCAGAAGUGGACCAAUAA